AUGAAUAAAUCGUCAGAUAUCUAUGUUAAAAGGAAAGUGGCUAAACCUGAGCCAUGCUUAAUAUGUUAUAAACCAACAUCUACCGUAAUGUUUAAUGAAAAUUUUUAUCAGCAGCAAUAUAAGGAUUGGUUUUACUGUUGUGACUUACAUUUUAUAGAUAAUCCCAGUUUUAUGAAGCCGGCAUAUUCUCAAGAAUACUAUCACACUUUGGAAUUAAUAAAAGAACUAGAACCUCAAAUAAUGCGUAUUAAUAAAAACAAUAAAAGUGGGACAUGGGAUAACUGGAUAAACAAAUAUUUGUAUAAUGACAAUAACAAUAAAACCAGCAGCAAAACUAAAGAUAAGGAUCAAGGGAAAGAGAAAGAUGAAAACAGGGAAAAAGACAGUGAAAAGAAGUCAGAGGACAGUGAAAAGAUGACAGAAGAACAAGAAUUAAUUAACAAGUAUAAAAACUUAAAACUAAAAUCUGAUUCUUUGAAACUCAACAAUAAACAGUAUCAAUUGAAUAAAAUCAUGUACAAUCAAAGACUGACAAGUUUGAUGAAAACGUUAACCAGAGAACAACAGCAAUCUCAAAAUAAAAACGAUUGCAUUAUGACUAGUAAAUCUGAUAAUUCUAUCGAUGAUUCAUCAUAUACUGAUCCAAACAGCAUAGCCAUGAGUUUUCCCAAGGUUCCCAGUCAUAAUCCACUUUAA